GAGCUUUCUCGAAUGGAAGCGAAUCCGCCUUCCGUAGAAAAGCCUGGCGGGAAAGAGGCUCCCGAAACCGGACGCUCUCGGCGGUGCACGGUCGCCGAAAAGUAGAUAUGUUUUAAGGUUUCUGUGCUCACCACGAACAGAGCGCCUCUCGAGACGAGGAAGCUGUUGUUGUUUUACCGGGGCUUGCUUCGGAUGUUGAGCUGCGAGCUAGAGACACUGCACAGUUCCGGAGCUGUGUUUGAGGAAACGAGACAAAGAAUUGAGUCUGCACGCGUCUAGGCGUCUAGGCGCAUCGCUGGAUUUCUGGAAUGAAAGGGCCGCUCAGCCUGAGUCGCCGUGCGAAUUUUCUCAGUCUCGGGCAAUCACCGCACCAGUGGGCCUGGCGAAGAGCCUCGAAUUGGCGGAUUUCAGUCACCCACGCAGGGGCUUCCGCCUCAGUGACGGUCCGGGCGCCUACGGGAGGAAAAUCGCUCCUGCGUUUUAUACGUCGACUGCUUAUACGUCGACUGCGUUGACGGCAGAAAAGCAAGCGCUCUGUUGCGAAGAGUGGAGACUCUUGUUGUUUUCUCUCUUGGCCUCGCCUCCACUGCUUGCUACUCGAAAAUAGGCGACACUCCGCGUUCGACCUGUCUACAUCUGUUCACAGGCCGCCUUGCUCUCCACACGAUGGAUGUUGUUUUCUCUUGUCAGUGGCUUUCUCCUGAGAGAAUGCCUUCCGCCCGGACCUCUUAGAGAGACUGUUCAGAGAGAAACCGUUCCUCGCAGCGUCUAUGUGGAGACUGUGAAGAGCCAGGCACUCCAUGGCUAAUGGUCGGCGCAGAGGACAGAAGGUUGAUCGGAAACGCCGUCGAAUAAAAAGCUCGGGAUCUGAACAGUAGUCAUCAGUUCACUUGUUCUUUCCAGUUGCGCCGCGCUGUUCUCAGGAGCACUUUGUUCAACUGGAUUUACCGGCGACAAAGUUGAUUCUCCUUUCUCACUGAGGGAUCUGCGUACUCCAGGCAGCCACAAAGGUCUCUUGAGUUCCGCCAUACGCAUGCAGAGUCGCUCUGAAAACGCGAAAGCAUUUCCUUUUUGUGUACGUCUCUCCCUUGUUGCCAGACACACAGAGUGCAGAGAAGUGACGAGAGAUUCGCUGAUGCUCGACUUGGAAGACCUCGAGAGUCCCUUUCACCGGUAGCCUCAUAUGCCUGCUUUUGUCUACGAGUCCACCAUUCCCCAAAACGACGACGUCUGGAGUCUUUCUCGAGUGCGCUCGAUUCGAAAGUUUCUCUCACGCGUCAUUCCCUCACAGCCACCAGCACGUUCAGAUGGAACUGCGAAAAAGCGAAAACGUCGAGGGUGCGAUGGUCUCGACUUCCUUCUGGGAAAACGAGUAUCACGAAAGACGAAACCUCUCGACCAUCAACAUGGGGCGCUCCCCGCUGGCUUUUAUUUGACGUUUUUAGACCAGGGGAGAGGCCGUGGUCAAAACAGAGAGUUGCAGAUCAACGCGCGCCUUGCUCUUCGCAAAUUUCAAAGCUAUUCUCCCACGAUCGACGAAAUGUUCACCCGGGGGGUGGGCUGUGCCUGCGGACCAAUCGUCGAGUUCCCCAGGUUUUGACACAGUGCAGUUUCGCUCUUUCGCGGCCGGAGCGAGUCCGCGAGCCUGGAGAGGCGCUUUCAUCGAGAGAAACGCACUUCCGAGACGCGGGAAAACUGCUGCGAAGAAGAGUAUCCAGAAGCUAAGUGGAAACGCCUUUCUGGAAGACGACUUCAUUCCGCGUUACUUGUGGUAGCGAACGAGACGAACGGUUGAAUGCCGCCGAGACUGGGAGGGGCGACAGGGGUCCGCGACCGUGCGACAUUUUCCCCUUCUCUGGCAUAAAAACUGGCUCUGCGCGCCCUCAACUUUAUCGUC